UGCGGCGAUGCUCUUGCGUGUGAAAGCGUCUUCGGCGCUCUCUAAGCAGCUACGGGGAGAUUUCGCCUCGGAUGAGAGAUUAGGACUCGGAGGAGAAGCGGGAGGAGGAGGAGCGACCAUCACCAGGGGAAGAACAAAAGCAAAUCACGGGAUCUUUUGGUCCAUCGCGUCCACUCGGUGGUGGCGGCGGCGGCCCGUCGAGUCUGUGAGGAAGCCGGGGGCUGGAUUUGACUCUCGCAGGGAUGUGCUGAAAGCUUGAUGAUGAAAGGAGGAAGAGGAGGAGAGAGGUGGAGUGAGCACUCAACAGUGCAGAUCUGUUUUUAAUCAGCCCCUUUUUUUAAAUCAGGGACAUCUAUGGUCAGGAGGUGAUGGCGGCGCUGACUGAGCUUCACCACUACUGUUACCCCUUCCCACAGAUGGACACCCACCACCUGCACGCCUGAGCCUGCACCCAGCACUGUCUCCCCCCCUCUCCUUCUGCCUCUCCUCACUCAUUUCUUACCUCUCCCUCCAGCCACCACUUGCUUUCCCCCCAUCAUUCCUCCUCCUGUCCCUCCAUCCAAUUUCCUCCAUCUGGAUUUUUGCUGUAUCCCUGCGAUCUUACUUUAUUAUGGCGUACUGCGGCCGCUCUCUGGACUCCCCGUGCACGCUGGCCCUGCUGGUGGGCUUCCAGUUUGCCUUUGUCCUCUAUUUCUCCCUCGGGGGCUUCAGGGGCCUGGUAUCCGUCCUGGUGCACACCACUGAGCCGGAGUUUGAUUACUCUCGACCUCAUGACGUCUACACCAACCUCAGUCAUCUGGGCGCUCCGCCUCCCCCGCCUCGCAACUCGGGCACUGGACCCCCUGUCACAGGACCGCCGCUGAGAGACUGCCAGAUCCCUUCCCCACUGCUGGUCGGACCCGUGUCUGUCCAUCUUUCCUCUCCUCUUUCUCUGGAGGAGAUCAGACAGAGGAAUCCAUUAGUGUUGCCAGGCGGACGCUACCGUCCUCCGGACUGUGAACCCCGCCAUCACACAGCGAUAGUGGUGCCGUACCGGAACCGGCAGACCCACCUCCGCGCGCUGCUCUACCACCUCCACCCCUUCCUGCAGAGACAACAGAUCCACUACAGCAUCUACAUAGUGCAGCAGUGGGGGAACGGUACUUUUAACCGAGCCAAGCUGCUCAACGUCGGGGUGCGGGAGGCCCUCAGAGACGAAGACUGGAGCUGUAUCUUCCUCCACGACGUCGACCUGCUGCCCGAGAACGACCACAACACCUACACCUGCCACAAACAGUUCCCCACACACCUGUCUGUGGCCAUGGACAAGUUCAGAUACAGGCUGCCGUACCCGCAGUAUUUUGGCGGCGUGUCUGCAGUGACCCCAGACCAGUACAUGAAGAUGAAUGGUUUCCCCAACCUGUACUGGGGCUGGGGUGGAGAGGAUGACGACAUCGCUGCCAGAGUGCGUCUCUCUGGCAUGAAGAUUGUGCGUCCCCCAGUGGCCAUUGGUCAUUACAAGAUGAUCAAGCACAAAGGAGACAGAGGCAAUGAGCAGAAUCCACGCAGGUUUGACCUCCUGAAAAGGACCAGACUGAACUGGCGCUCUGACGGCCUCAACUCUCUGACCUACGAGCUCCUUUCCAAAGAGCUGGAGCCUCUCUACACCAACCUCACCGUCAACAUUGGAGAAGACCCCCGCCUGCCGCAGGGGAAGGCACCCAUCCCCGUUAAGGCAACAACCCCCGUCCACCAACGCAGCACCAGCAUGAAUGAGGGCACAGCCAAGAAGGAGGAGAAGAGACGACAGGGCAAAGGGUCCGUGGUGGAAAAUUCGAUCAAGAUAUUGGGUGAAAAGACAAAACCUGCGCAGUCAAAAGCAGCAAAUCAAACAACACACAAGGAAACUGGUGCGAUGACAUAGGAAGGGGUGUGUGACACAGAGACUGCGUCACAUCUGUAGCAUAAAGUGGCUUCCCUCUUCAUUCUGGAUCUGAAAGACCAAACGGAGGAUGCUGCUGUGCUGUGGGACUUCAAGUACACCAGCUUUUGGUGCUCAGUGCAGGUUAGCGAUAGUUAUGCAAUGGAUCCAAUGAAGCAGCCACUUUUGUCUACAGGGGUGAAUUCAGGAGGACGACUCUCGGUUCGACAUCCGCUGAAUGUUACUUGCGACUGUUGCAAAAAUCUGUCAGACUCAUAUCCGGGAGGAGAAUAGUGUCCGACACAGUCACAUCCACAUUGAGGGCCAAAACCGACGAAAAUGAAAAACAAAACAAAGAACGAGACAAACACACAAAUCUCCGCCCUUUUCUGGACAUCACAACCCGUACGACACCCGUCUGCCGCCAACAGACCUGCAGCUUCAUCAAGUCCGCUGCCAAAAAACUGCCGCUGUCAGUCCGCCCCACUCGUCCAGAGUGGGUUUGUGUUUCUGUGCCUUCUAUCUUUAAUGCGCAUUUUAUAGACUGGUAGAGUUGCUUUUAGAUGCUGACCUGGGGUUAAUUUUACCUCUCCAGACCGCCAGGGAGGUUGAAGCUGAUCCUAGACCAGAACAAAUGAUUUGUUCCAGGACUGCCGUUUUAUAUCUGUGUGCAUCGAUCAAGCGUUGACCAACUCCAUAGUCAUCAGACGAUUCUAGAGUUUAUAUUUAUAUAGAGACUUCUUUAUUUGUUUACUGGUUUGUUUUACUCGUCCUUCCCUACAGUCUGGUGCCUCUCUCGCUCUCUCUCUCUCUCUCUCUCUCUCGCUAUCUUACAUUUAGUUUAUAGACAAUCAAAAGAUAGCUCUGUAUUCAGCCACAUAACAAAGUGAGGAAAUAUCAUGACUAUCUUCACGCCCGUCAGAUAAACAUAGACUUGGCAUGAUAGCUGUUGUCCUAGUUUGACUAUACUCUUUAUACAUGGAUAGACCCGUGCGUCUGAUAUUACCUGUGCUUUUAUAAUUUUAUCUUUUAGAUACUGUAAGUCAGGUAUGGGGGGGGAGAAAAAAUAUAUAUUGUGGGCGUGUGACUAAACGUUCGCCGGUGUCAAAUUGUGUUUUAAUAACAAACGUGUUCAUAGUUACGAUGAAGCACUGUGUAUAGAUCUGAGCGUCGGACCAGGAGGCCUGGGCUCAGUGCGUCUGUAAGCUAUAAGAUGAGUGUGUCCACACAAGGACGAUGAAAAGAAAUAAUUUUUAUUACAAGGAGGACACCAAAUCAGAACUUAUAACAUAUAACAUGUAAGGUGGUUUGUGUAAACACCUCCAUUAUCAUCUAUCCUGUGAUAUAAAAGCCACUUAAUCACUCCGUCAUUGAUUCUAUUUAUCAUAUCAGCCAUUCAGAAUGUGUUUUUUUAAUAGUCCCUCCUCGUUCAGUGUCGUGAAGGGUUUUCUUAUUCGUUUGUUGUCGGGGGGCUUGAAUCUGAUCACUGUUAGGAUGUAGAAUCUCUUGCUGCUAUAUGACUCUAGGGGAAGUGUACAACUAAAAAGCUUGAAAGAUAACAUAUUGUAACAUGGUGUGGAAUUGUUUGCUCAUGCUAUCAUGUAAUGAAUGUAUUGAUUUUAUUUUAUUUAUUUAGUGCGUCACUGAUAGAGCUGAAUGCAGUGAUGUUGCAGUGCGGAUGUGUUUUUAGGGCUCGAAACACCGUUCUAAAUCGUAGAGCUGAUUAUUACCCAUUUCUACCACAUCCUUACGUCAACUUUGUGCCUCAUGAACUAACUAAGCGCUGCAGGCAUACUGCUGGGUGAUGUGUGAGCACCCUCAAGUGGUACAGACUGGUGUUUCGCCAGCUUGGAGAAAGCGAGGACUGAAUGAAACUGCAGUGUUGUGACAUGAAUGUUAAUUGGCCAUUCACAGGUUUCAGCCAAUCAAAUGUUUGCACUGCUCUGCGUUUGUGUCGUGUCACAUGUUUGAUCCUGCUCCCAAUCUUAAAGGUGUAGAACAACACUCUGAUUUUACUGGUUAAAAAAAGAAAAUUCAUGGCAUGUGUUUUAUGAAUGGAUAUAGUUUUAUAGACGGAAUCUAUGUUUAUUUAUGGAGACAUAUUACCUGUUUCAAAAAAGUGCUGUACAAACAGAUUGUCUUGAGAGUAUAUAAGAAAUGAGACAAUAAGACAGAAUUUCUUAGCUUUAUACUGCAUAACUAUUGAGUUGCAUAUCAACAGAUAUAUAUCCUCCAUUCCUCAUAUCGCCUGGGACAAUGCCUGUAUGACAUGGAGCAGUGAGAAAGCUUUUAAUGGUGUUGUGUAAUCUCAGCAGAUUAAUCAGCAACCUGUGUGCUUACCUAGAGAUUGUUACUAUAUUUAAUAAAUAGGCUAGUUUUUAUAAAGUCAUGCAAGUUUGGGAAAUAAACACUGUGUAGUUAAAUGGAGACAAUAAACAGGAU